UAUUCAUCGAGGGAAUAGCACGGUUUUAUGCAUUUUAUACAUCACUACCCUGCUUCUUUUGCAACAAAAGAACACUCUAGCAAUUAGAACAAAUUUACGAUUUAGCCCGUGCACUGAGAAAAGAAAACACGGUAAAAAUUUGCCACUUUUCCCUCGGGUAAUUAAGCCUAUUGUCGGGAAUGGAGGGUAGAAGGGUGGUAGACGGGCAGUAGGGUAGAAAGAAAAAUGCGCGUUGUUUCUGCGCACACAGAGAUGGCUAGAGCGAGGGAACUCUGGUAUCGGUUCAGUCAGCAGUAAGCUGCCACGUUAGACCCAACAUGUCACAAGGGUUCCAUUCGCCAGAAGGGACUAUUUACCUCCGCCGUUCGGAUUACACGCACGGAGCGGAUCACCCCUUUCUGUAUACCCCUCUACAUGCAACUGGUGAUCGCUUGCAUUUAUCUACUCUUAGACCAUAUUGAAGGGCGUAUAUGUCCUUGCUUUUUUAGACUGUUGAAUGACUACUCCAUAUUUCAAAAAACAAUAAUGAAAAGAAAACGAUUUUAUUUUAGAAUUAUUUUCGUCUGAUUUAUUAUUGCAAACGAUCAAUUUUAAUUAUUACAAACAGUCUUUCUUUGAUUAAUGAAAAACAAAUGAUUUUUCUGACUAUUGCACGAAACUCAGUAAAUGAUUAUUAACUUUUACUUCGACUGCUUUAAGAAGUUCUUCAAAAGAAAUUCUACUGCGUAACUGAAGUUGGCUAUUACGAUCAUAAGAGAAUCCAUUUAGGCGUUCAUAAGGUUUCAAUGCUGAAAAAACUCUUCAUAGUAGGGCCAUAAAAAUGCUCGCACUUAAAUGGGUUUCAUUGCGAGUGUUUUAUUCUUCAGCAAGGAAAUCUAAAGUUUGAAUUUGGAAGAAUCAGAAAGCAAAUGGUGGUGCUAAGCCAAAACUUUUAUCCUAAAACCUAAAUAUAGGAAAUGUAGUAAAGAUUUGUGGCGAUUUUCAUAAAAUGAAGAUGAUGUGAAAUCUUUUAAGAUGGCAUUACAAAGAGCAAUAAUGAACUAGUCAAGUCGUAUGUGAUUGAAUAAUUCUUUCAGCAAUAAUUUUUAUCGUGUGCUUUGGUGCUCUUUGAAUUAGUUGAACUUCUUGUUUAUUGUUGAAGAAGAAUUACGGCAAAAGCGAAAAAGGAAUAUUGAGGAAUUGAAUUUACUGUGAUCAAUUUUAAAGUGUAUGUACUAACUUGUAAGUAACAGAACUUUCCAAUUUUUUCUAUUAGAUUUAUAUAUAAGAGUAUAAAAGAAAUAUCAUGAUUAGAUAUUUGAGAACUGUAAAAUAUAUUAAUCAUUAUUAUCAAAAGAACAGCGUCAGCAUUUAUUAAAUAGAACACUUCCAUAAGAAAAUUGUAUCUAUAAACAGCAAUAAUUUUCUAACAUUUAGUUAUAGUACAUGACGAAAAGAAUUAUAAAUGAAGCUAAACUAUAGUAUUAAAGGUUCUCCCUCUGCAACGAAUGCGCCAAUUUCUCAAUUUAUUUAAAACUAUUUUGUUUAAAAGAAUGCGUAAUAUGUGUUCUUUAAAAAGUAUUUCGUAUAGAAUGAAUUGCAAGAAUAUUAAAAAUAUUUUCAUCUUUUAAGAACUGACAAUUAAAAAUUUUUAUUGUCUUAAAGCAGACGAUAAAGGAAAAUUCGUAUAAUUUGGACUAUCUUUGUUGGAUAUAAAAUAAAUAACAUUUGCAGAAAGAGUAAUAUAGCCGUAAAUGACAUGGAACUGAAAACUUACUAAUCGAUUAAAAGUACCUGUUGAACUAUCAUCGCAACAUCUUUCGUCACUGAUUGAGCUGAAGAGAAAAGGGAGAUCACUCAGCAGACGAUGUCAACGCGCAUAAACGUUGAAAACAAAACGAUUAAUUGAUGAUAAACAAUCCGAUUAAAAGCAGGCGAUAAAGAGUAAUUGAUUUUUCUUUUUCAUCGUCGUUGAUCAGAAUACUGGCAUCUUAAUUAAAUUUGCGAACGAAAAGAGCGCUGUUGGAAAACUACAGAUUUAGUUAACCUUUAAGAGAACGAUUAAAAAAGGAGGAGAGAUCCGGUCGAUUGAAGAUGCCGCGCUCUUUUCUAGUGAAGAAGGUGAAGCACCCUGUUGAUCAUAGCAACCGGUGGCCUUACCAUGAAGCCCCAGCCAGCCCCUCUGAAGCAGCUACACCACCUCAAGGAUUCACAAUACAUUACAACAAUGGAUACAUUUACGACGUACACACAACAGAUGGUUACAUAACAGACCCAGCUCCAGAUACAACAGCAGUUGUCGAUACCUGUAACCAUCAUCACUUUCAUCAUCAUCACCCGAAGACUGACACACCAUGGAUCGCCUUCGACGAAGAUGACGAAGAAGAUCAAGAAGGUAGCUGCUCUUCGGAUUCCUUCAAAAAACAGAGCAAUGCUUCUGGUGGCGAAUCUUCCACGAGUUCUUCCGACGAGUCCAACAACAGUACAGGCUGUGGCUCCCAUGUUUCCAAUUCUUCCUGUUCCGGAGGUAGAGGUGAAGCUACUUCCUUCCUAGUUAUAGGUGACGGGAGGGCACGCAGGAGAAAAGACCCUGCUGCUCCCAGAAGAGACAGAUCUCGCUAUACGUGCUCCGAAUGUGGCAAGCAGUACGCUACAUCUUCCAAUCUUUCUAGACAUAAGCAGACGCACAGAAGCCCGGACUCGCAAUUAGCCAAGAAGUGCCCAACUUGCGGCAAAGUGUACGUCAGCAUGCCUGCAUUAUCCAUGCAUGUGCUCACUCACUCGCUGAGCCAUAAGUGCAACGUAUGUGGGAAAGCAUUCUCUAGGCCUUGGCUAUUACAGGGGCAUAUGCGGUCACAUACUGGUGAAAAACCUUUUGGAUGUGCCCACUGUGGUAAGGCCUUCGCGGACAGAUCUAACUUGCGUGCGCACAUGCAGACGCACUCUUCUUUCAAGCACUAUCGGUGCCACAAGUGCAACAAGUCGUUUGCUCUCAAAUCUUACCUCAAUAAACAUUUCGAAUCCUCCUGUUAUCGUAUGGAGGGUUUGGUUGAAGUGGCGGAUGACGAUGUUGAAGGAGAUGAUGAAUCUGAAGUUCCAGAUACGCCCACGGAGACGCUGUAGUCCAUGAUAUCAAGGCUUGAUACCGGUGCACUUGAAGGUAGUCCCGCAUAAGAUACAUACUUCAAGUAUCAGUAGCUGCAGUGCAAGUGAUAAAGUUCCAUUAGCGUUGCGUAUCUAUAUUCUUUUUCUUUUUUGACCUUCCCACAAAUUCGAGUAACGAAUAGAAUGUAGUUGUGCUUUCAGAUACAGACUUCUUUCUAUGUUUUGUAACAAAAUGAAUCGUCGAUUGCCGAUGAAUGGUAUGGUGUACAGAUAUAUUCCUUAGUACUUAAUUAGUCUAUCACAUGUUAAUGAAAGUAUAAAAUCAAUCAUUUAUCUAUAGUGCAACAGCCAUAAUGAGGAUAAUUUUAUUUUUUAUUGUUUAUAACUACUCUCUCUAUAAACAGAAACUCUUGAGAAAUUUAAACCGGUAAGUUAAAGACCGAUUGCAAAACGUUAAUCAGCAAUAACUAAUUUCAUGCGAAUAGUUUGAUUAUAGUAACAUUCAAUAAAAUAAAAAAUAUAUAUGAAUAGAAUGUUUAUUUAAACAAAUUUAAGGAAA